GAGAGCGAGAGAGCGAGAGAGCGAGAGAGCGGAGGUGAAAGAGCAAGACGAGAGAGAAGGAUGGUGUUUCUAACCACCAAGCUCGUGGAGAGAGUGUCCCUCUUCGUGUCUUUCGGGGGACUGGUGACCUCGUUCGUCACGUUCUUCUUGCCCCUGUGGAAGACCCUCAACUCGGACCUGAACGAGAUGGAGAACUGGUACGAGGGGCUGUGGCACAUGUGCAUCUUCACAGAGGAGUUGGGCCUGCACUGCAAAGCCUACGAGUCCACCUUGGCGCUGAGCGCUGACAAGCUAGCGUCGCGGGCGCUCAUGUUCAUCUCCAUAGGCACGGGGCUGCUGGGGGUGCUGGUGGCAUUCUUCGGGCUGGAGGGAGUCAACGUCGGCGCGGGACACAGGCGACUGAAGAGGGCUCUGCUCAUCACGGGAGGGGUCCUCAUCUGGGUGUCGGGCCUCACCACCCUGGCCCCCGUGUCCCUUGUGGCCUAUUUGACUGUGGUGGAGUUCUGGGAUGAGAACAUCCCCGACGUGGUGCCGCGCUGGGAGUUUGGCGAGGCCAUGUUUUCCGGGUGGAUCGCGGGACUCCUUCUGGUGGUUGGUGGGUCUUUCUUGUUCGUGGCUGUAUGUAUGGGGGAUUACGAGGCGGAGCAGGCUGAAGAUUUAGCCUUCUCGAAGGAGACACCAAGGACACAGUACUACCUAAAGACAGAGGUCCUAUAGAUUGAUUCGCCGCCGUUGAAGGACUGGGCGUGAUAACUAUCUGAGCUUUAAGAUUAAUGAAACCAAGGUCAGUUGCAGGACAUUUGGAAGUCACUGCUGAAAGCCUAUCCGAAUAUCUAGCUUCCAGAAUUAUAAAAUGGCAAGAAAAUGUUUUACUUCUUUAAUGUAAAAAAAAAAAUCCGAAAGUUAUAUUUUAUGGCAAAACUGUAUUUUUACCUCUGUUGAAUGGACACGCAAAGGUAAUUUUCAUUUGACCUUUUAACAGUGUAAUUUAAAGCUUGCUGAGCAUUGAAGUAUUUCAGAGUGCCUCCUAGAAAACCUGCAUCAUCUGUAAAUUUGGGAAAGCUCAGCAUGAUUCUCUGUGCACCGUCUAUGCCUGUCUGAGAUUGUAGGGAUCUCUCUUCUCCUGCUCUCAUCCAAAGCACAGGAUUUAUGUCCACCGGGUCAGGUUGAGUGUUAUAUUUUACUUGCAAACCCAUUAAAAUGAAAUCAUUC